GAGUGGGUGGUUCGCGUCUGCGCAUUUUUCGAUGGGUCGCUCGGUCGCUCGGUCGCUCGGUCGCUCGUACUGUGCUUCUCGUUCCCUCGUCCUCGGGUAUUGAUUUCCGUAGAAGGUUAGGACGCGGCUUAGAUGUGUGUUGUCUACGCUGCCGUUAGCAGCCAGCUACGUUUUCUGUAACGUCGCGCGUGUAUUUGUGGGCCGGCCUCCACCUCCACAUCCACCUUCUCUCUCUCUCUCUCUCUCUCGUUUUCUCUCUCUCUUUCUCCUCUUUUACGAAGAGUUCCCAAGUGUUGCGCCAACUUUCGCCAUCCUCGCUGGUGUUUCGACUGUCAGAGGAGAACGCGUGGUGCCUGUCUUCUUGUCUUCGAGGAAGAGAGCUUUAACUUCGUCUGUCUGUCAGUCUCGUUUUAUCUUCUUUUCUCUCAUGUCGCAUCGGUUCUUUCAUCUCGAAUCGUUUAAUCGGACGUAUCGUCAUUGGACACAGUAACACGUGAGAGAUCUUAAACCGUUUGAUUUCUUCUUUCUCUUCGUAUUUGAAAGAAGAGAAGGAGUACACGAGGAAGAGAUUCCUCGUUCAACAGAAGACUUCGAUUUAGCUGGGUAGGCUCAACCAGCGCUUCGGGGCACCUUCCGAGAUGCCUGCACCAACGUCAACGACGGGUGCGGCCGAAAGUGGCCCACCUCGCACCGAAUUGCAAGAAUUACAGCUGAAGGCCGACCAGACCACCGAUGAGUCCUUGGAGAGUACGAGGCGUAUGCUGGCAUUAUGCGAGGAGAGCCACGAGGUCGGGAUGAAAACUCUCGUUAUGCUGGACGAGCAAGGCGAGCAAUUGGAUCGAAUCGAGGAGGGCAUGGACCAGAUCAAUGCGGACAUGCGAGAAGCAGAGAAGAAUCUUACCGGGAUGGAAAAAUGCUGCGGUCUCUGCGUUCUUCCGUGUAACAAGAGUGCAAGUUUCAAAGAGGACGAGGGAACGUGGAAGGGUAACGACGAUGGUAAGGUCGUGAAUAAUCAGCCUCAACGCGUGAUGGAUGAACGCAAUGGACUCGGCCCUCAGGGUGGCUAUAUCGCUAAGAUCACGAACGAUGCGCGUGAAAACGAAAUGGAAGACAAUAUGGGCCAGGUGUCGACGAUGAUCGGCAAUCUCAGAAACAUGGCUAUCGAUAUGGGUAGCGAGCUCGAGAAUCAAAAUCGACAAAUCGACAGGAUCAACCGGAAGGGCGAGUCGAACGAAACAAGGAUAGCCGUGGCGAAUCAACGUGCACACGCCUUGCUCAAGUAAAAGUUGAGUGUGUGGUACUCAACUGUCCGGGGCGAAUCGAACGACACAAGGAUACAGGUGGCCAACGAGCGAGCCCAUCAGCUGCUCAAGUAAAAACCACUCACGACCAUCUCUCUCUGCACCCCCGUCUCGGCCACCGGCAUUACCGAUACCAUCAUCAUGUACAACAACAACAACAACAACAACAACAACAACAACAACAACAACAACCACCACAAAAUACAACAAUCAGCACCAAGACAAGUACUAUCACAAUUAUACUUACAAUUUACACUAUACAUACAUAUGUAUACGCUUUCCUUUUUUCUUCCUUUCUUAUUUACCUAUUACCCUCUUAAUCUAUAUACCUGUAUUAUUAUUCGCUGAUAAGAUAUCACCGAAGGGAUGAACAAAAUGGAAAGGAUAACAUUCUCAUAGAAUAAUUGUUAAUCAACAAGAUUUAUGGUCUUUUGAUUUCUAACUUUCUUUGAUUUCUAACUUGAUAAAUCGUCCAUGUUUCUUUUUUUCUAUCUCUGUAUUUAUUCUUUGCUACAUAACAGUAUUUCCAAUUAUCUUGACGUUACUUAUUUGUUUACGUAAUUGUUAUUAAUUUAAAAAAAAAGGAAAUAGAAUGUCUACUCAUAUAUAUUCGUAAUAUCGUCCGACGAAUCAUUUCUUUAUCGAUACUAAGACGCGAGAAACAUAUCGUUUGGCAUUAAUGUCGUUGUAAUUUUCCGUACUUAAGGAAGCUUCCUAAGUCAAAUUGUGUAUUAAAGACGAUAGCAAUGCUCUUAUUGUAUGUACCGUGAAUUUGAUAUACUGAUUCAUUAAACGGUUUGUCACAUCGAUUAGCCAAUCCCCGUCCAUCUUUAAUAAAAACAAAAAAGUAUUUAUUUAUUUAUCCUUUCACAUUAUACUCACCCGACUUCUUUACUCUUUUUUCUUUUUUUUUUUUUUCAUUAAUCGUGUCUCUCUACACACGCGAUAUACACACGCAAUUUACACACGCGUACACACGUACAUGUACUCACGUUUUACGUUCACGCUCACCUUAUCACCGUACGUCGCUGAAAAAAAAAGAAAAUAAAAAAAAACAAACAAAAUAAUAAACAAAAUAGAAAGAGAAAUUAACUAGAAAAAAAAAAUCUUUUUCGCGACGGAUCUUCAUCGCUCGUGCAAAAUAUCCAACGAGCUCGUCGUGCACUUUAAAAUCGCGUCAUGUUUUAAAUCUUUAAAUAUACGGCGCUUGAUUAGAGUUCUCAGCGGGAACUAAUCCGCGAUUAGUAGACGCCGAGAAGAAUUGUAAAUUUUAAGUCGACUCACGACGCGCAUUAGAGAUAAGCGAGAAUAAUAAUAUACGAGAGUCAAGUUUCUUAUCUCGACGAUCCGCUAACGAGUACAAAGCUAAUAAAAAAGAAAAAAAAAAACAAAAAAAGAAAACAA